GCAUGCAUCGCACGGCUUGCGUUCUCGGAAUAUGUAACAUGGCCGUCGACGCCUCGUUGCAAAUAGGCAUUUAAAGAGGAGGUUUACGGGGGAGGGGGGGGGAAUAAUUCAGAGACAAAGGGAUGCGAUGGUGGCGUGAUCCGGGGAGUAGCAAGUUACUGAUCGAAUAAGAACCCCGCCGGUGGCGGUGCGCUCGCGUCUUGCAAAGGGAGGCGGUGCAGACGGACAGACAGACAGGCAGACCGGCAGUCAGACAGGUAGACAGGCGGGCAGACGAGCAAGUAGGCGGAGCGUGCGCAAUUGAAUUGUGGAACCAUUCACGUUGCACCGCGGUGGUGGCGGCGGCGGUGGCAGUGGUGGUGUGGGUGGCAUGCGUUGCGCGCGGCGCCGACGCGGCUAGAUUUGGACGGAUUUUAAACGCGAGCGGAGAGCGAAGAGGUUCCUGUCGUUGUUGUUGGCUGAGCCCAGCGGCCAUGGACGUGCUGCCCAGCUACAGCAUCUUCCACGAGCUCCAGCUGGUGCACGACACCGGCUACUUCUCGGCGUUGCCAUCGCUGGAGGAGAUCUGGCAGCAGAUAUGCCUCGAGAUGGAGAGGUAUCUGCAGAGUGAGCCGACCAGCUGCCGCCCGUCCGAGCCGAGCACGGAGGUCCACGAAAGGCAGCCGGAAGCUGAGACGCCGCGCGAUCGCCGGUGCGCGUCCAGGGAGCCCGUGGAAGCCGCGCCUGGACCACCCGCUGAAGAGGAGAAAAGGACAGAGGCCCAUGACGUCGUCUCGCCAAGCCCGGCAGGAUUUGAGAGCGACUCGCCGGGACCGGUGGACGCAAUGGACACGGCCGCCGCCGGCGCACUUUGGGAUUGUUUGGCCGACGUGUCGGACUGCAGCAUGAGUGACGAUCUGGAGUUCCCGAUGCCGAUCACCAUCCUUGCUCUGCCGGGCAAGAGCCAGGACACGGAGGUCCCGACGGCGGAGGUGAACGCGUCGACCAGUCUCAUCACUCCCCCGUCGUCCCCCAAACUGGAGCGCUGCGGUCUGUCCGCGCCGACCGUCUCGCCGUGCGCCACCGGGAAGCAGCAGGAGUCGUCGCUCGUGCCGGCCGAGAGGGGCGUCAAAGAGGGCUGGGCCCCGCGGAGGCUGCGCAAGUUCGGGGGCGAUGGGAGCGGCGAUGUGAUGCAGGACAGCAAGAAGAGGAUUCACCGCUGUCUGUUCAGCGGAUGCCGCAAGAUUUACACGAAGAGCUCGCACCUCAAGGCGCACCUCCGCACGCACACAGGCGAGAAGCCCUACAAGUGUUCGUGGGAGGGGUGCGAGUGGCGCUUCGCACGGAGCGACGAGCUGACGCGCCACUACCGCAAGCACACGGGCUCUAAGCCGUUCAAGUGCGCGCACUGCGACAGGAGCUUCUCAAGGUCUGACCACCUGGCUCUGCACAUGAAGAGGCAUAUCUGAGUCUCGCAUCCACCUCCCUCGGACUCCUCAGACUUUGCACUCCGAUGCCAACGAUGACCGCCACAGCUCGCCACCACAGCGCUACCGACUCCCAGCAAGAACACAUUGGUUCUCCUCGGUGAUUAAACGAAACGCAGAUCGGAAGGUCCUAUUUUCCAAGUGGGCAUUUGGUAAAACAGACACCAAGUGUGAUGACUUGCUUCUAGUUGAUCCAUGCACUGUGCGCAUUAUUGUGAAAUGAGUGUUGAAUUUAUAUCAAGUAUGAGUUUUAAACAGUCUUUUAGGCUGCGCUAUAAAACUGUUUUGCCCAUUGAUGUGUGGGCUCCGAAAUCGGAAACAAACGAUUUUAUUGAAGUUGGAAAAUAAUCGUCCCAGGGACGAUGAGAAAGUUGUGCGCUUCGGCGCACUCAAUACAUUUCUAAGAACUGCCCUCCGUUUUUCAUUAUCUUUCGUCUCGCAAGGAUAUCUGUUGCACCCUUCAACAAUAUCCCUGCUUCACUAGCAUGACCUAAAAUGGGGGGGGGGGGAGAUAAGAGAAAAAUAAAUAAGGACACUUUAAUACUUUCAAUGUCUUAUUCUUAUGCAGUCACCUGAAGAAAGGCCACAUGCUUCACUCGUGGUAGUAAUUUUUUAGUGAAUCAAUUUGAAAACAUUUGACACCUUGGAAAAUGAACAGAGUCCAGACAAAUGUCUGUGGCUUUGAUUAAAAAUGUGCAGCGCUGCACAGGCAGCAGCCCCCGUUAAAGAGCUGGGUGGCUGCUGGCCCUUCCAUUGCGCUCGCAAAUGCAAUGUUGGAAGACGGAGAAUGGGAGGCACAAACCACAACGAUAAAAUCCAUGGAUUGCACCUUUGCUUCAAGCGGACAGAAAGCAAAUAGAACGGAAACGCAUUAAAGGGAAAGGUCUCGGGUUUUAUGUGUUCCGUAUUUCACGCUUCCUUGCCGGUGCAAUGUUGGCAAGUUUAGGGCAGCGUCGAUACUCUGUUAUGUUUUCAAAGUAGAUCGUGAGUAAGGAAAGCUUUCAAAAAACACAGAGCCAUUCAUAGAAACUGUGAAAUAAUCUUGUUUCAUCAGGGGGAAUCUUUUUUUCCAUUGUCACGUUAUCUGUCCCAAUGGCACACCCGUAACGUGUCCGCGAAAUGCGUGGUAUAAUUGGGUUUUUAACAUCCUCUUGUCUGGCUUUCCAGACGAAACGAAAUUAUCUCCUCCUGGUUACAUCCCAGAGUGGUGCCUUAAAUGUCAUGCAUUGCGUGUACACGCCAUCCGUCGGAUUAACCGUCACACGUUGACAUUUAAUGAGGGGGUGCAAUAACAACGCCUGUUGUCUCUGUGCCCUUACACCAUUGAUUUGACACCAUAUUAGCCAUGUUGCAGACUCGAUCAUUAUGCGGACUGUUACCAACCAACAACACUAUCAAUAUGCACUUACAAUGGAUGUCAAAGACACCCUCAAGGUGUUUGCCUUUGAUGCUUGGGUACAUUUUUGUAAAGGACAUGACAAGAGGGCAUUUUUCCGUGCUGUGUAUGCUUUGCUGGUUUUUUUGUUGCGAAUUAAUAAUAUUUUUUUGGAGGGAGGGGAGGUAAUUUGUGUUGUUGCUACUUAAAUUAUUGUGUACUGGAGUAACUUACAAAGUACUAUCAGGUUAUAAUUGAGAGCCAUAUUGUUGGUGUUAUAAACCACGUAAUUGUUUUGUUGUUGUUGUACAAUGAGGAAUUAUCUCUGAAUUCACGUAUGAUAGUGCUCAGUAAUAUAUAUAUAUGCUGUUCUUGAUAACGCAUUCUCUAUUUUUUAAAACCAAAUGUACAGUAAGCCAAAAAAAGGGUGGGGAAACAGCACUGCAUUUAAAAAAAUAGCUCAUCGUUUUAGCGACGGAAUCUGGUUGUGAUUAAGCGCUCACCAUUGUGGUAAGUUUGACAGACAAACAAGACACCGCAUUACUUAGAUAACUCGGAGGAAGGUAAAUCAUUCAAAUGUGUACAUGAAUUGGCUGGCAUCGGAGCAACGCUAUACUCUUAAAAAAUUUGUUAAAAAAAAAAACAGGAGCUCCAAAGCAUCAGUUUGGUCACCACAUGGCACCAGAAGUGCUCUCGUAUAAAGAAUGCCCAUCGAUGAAUUAAUAACCCGGUCACACAGCACGCAAACACGCAGCGAAUACGUACAGGCACGAGCGAAGCUCUUGGCCCGACGCUCCACUAAGAAAAUCCACCAAGUGCAUUGCACAGCAGACUACGACGAUAAACACCAAAGACAACUUACAAUGCACAAUCGCCCCAUAUAUAUAACAAACAAAAAAAUACUUAGUCGUAAAACACAAAUGCAGCAUGCGACAAACACGAUACCUGACACAUUUUUUAAGCUUCGCUGGACCGUAUAUCUACCACGAGCCUAAUUUCAGCUUGGGAGUUGUUCGGAUUGAGGGGAGGAGGUGCGAGGAGGAGGAGGAGGGAGGGAAAAUUUGACGAAAAGAAGUUGAGGAAAUCCGCUGGAUGUCGUGUGAAAUCCUUUGAUUUAACCCUAACCAUAGACGGAGGCAACCAUGCGAGCCUGGCUUUACCAAACAUCUGUGUGCACAGCUUAGAGACGCUUACGUCGCUAAGAGGCUGUUUCCAUGGGCACAUAAACACGGAAUGACAUCAAGCAGCGGGGGGGGGGGGGAGGGGGGGCGCCUUCUUCUUGGGCACUCUGAAAAUUUGUGACCAUCCUCGCAAAGUUUCACUCCUGCCCAGCCGAGCCGAGCCGAGCUUACGCGACCGCCGAACAUUUUCCGGCAGAUUUUGCGUGCGGCGAUUCGGCGGAGGGCCCGAAACGUCGAGUAAGCGUAUGCAAAUGACGCUGCGCCACCUUUCCCCGAGUGUCCCCCACACUCCGUCGGGUUUGCUGACAUUGUGAAGUCAGCGCAGUGAAUUGUGAGCCAGAGGUCGCAAACGGGUUUUGAUUCCUUACCCGUACCCGUACCCGGCCGCACCAGGGUCGCAAAUGGGUACCCGUACCCGUACCUGGCCGGGUACGGGUACCCGUUCCCUACCCGAAAUGAGUGACAAACGGUUACUCACCAGUGACUCACGGCCUACCCGUACCCGUACCCGGCCGGGUACGGGUAGCCGGGUAUCGGGUAGGGUACGGGUAUCGGGUACCCGGUUGCGACCUCUGUUGUGAGCCCAGUGGAUGGAGGGGGUGGGGGAAGCAUGACUCUGGUGGAAGAGUUCCAAAUUGGGAAACUGUACUUGAUUUUCAUAGUGCUUUUUAGAGUGCUGAACGGUCUGCUUUGAUUGAAACCAAUUCUUUCGAAGAGUUUGGCCAAAAUUGUGAGGGAUUUUUUGUAUUAUAUUAGUACGCUAAUGAUGUUCAUAAUAUUGGUGAACAUGAUUCAUGUUUGGUUCCUUUUUGUAAAAUUGUUUUUAAAUAUGCGGCUGGAAAAUUCUAUGCAACAUUUUGUUGACGUUCUGUUGUGUAAAUGCUUUUUUUUUUUAUUGUGUAUCGCUUGAUAAACCAGGCACACUUACUUAAGUUAUUCCGGUUGACUGCAUUGUAAUUCUGACAACAACAACAAAAAGCCAUUGGCAGCAUGAAUCUCGGGCUGUUUUCAUUUCUCUAGAAAAAAAUCUACCUGUCUUUUGAUAAUGGGUGUCUGUGAUGUCUGGGGCAUUUUGGAAACCA